AUGUUGUCCUCCUUGCUGGCCGGUGCUGGCUUAGUUGCCCUCGCCGCAUCCCACCCUACCUCCCACGGAAACGCUCUCACGCGCCGUGCCGUUGACAUCAACGCCUUCCGCCUCACAGCCACUUCCGAGUACGUGAACGCCACCGUAGCUGUGUCUGAGCCCAGCCUCAGGUUCCUUAAGCGCGCCGACUAUCUCGAGACAGCCACCGAGCUCGUCAAAUCUGUUGCCAAAGAUGCCACUUUCCGUGUCGUUGAAGACCACUACGUCGGCUCGAACGGCAUUGCACAUGUCAACUUCAAGCAGACUGCCAACGGACUCGAUAUCGACAACGCCGACUUCAACAUUAACGUUGCCAAGGAUGGAUCCAUUUUCUCAUACGGAAACUCUUUCUACACCGGCGCUAUCCCUGCAAACCCACUGCAGAAGCGCGACUUCUCGGACCCAGUCGAUGCUUUGAAGGCCGCCAACGACAAGCUUCAGCUCGCUGUUACUGCUGAGAAGGCUUCUGCUGAGUCUACCGGUGCCAAGGAGACCUUUACCCUCAAGGGCACUUCUGGUGCGGUCAAGGACCCAGAGGCCAAGCUCGUCUACCUGGUCAAGUCCGAUGGCAACCUUGCGCUUACAUGGCGUGUUGAGACCGACAUCAUGAGCAACUGGUUGUUGACAUAUGUCGAUGCUGCUACCAACCAGGAGAUCCACGGUGUCGUUGACUACUCUGCGGAUGCCACUUACCAAGUCUACCCCUGGGGAUUGAACGACCCCACUGAAGGCUCACGCGCUGUGGUGACUAACCCCUGGGACACCACGGCAUCUGAGUUCACCUGGCAAGGAACUGGAACCACUACCUACAACGUGCCCCGCGGUAACAACGCUAUUGCUCAAUCCAACACUGAUGGAGGAUCAGACUACCUGAGCAACUACCGCCCCACAAGCACCAGCCAGAACUUCAGCUACCCUUACACUCUGCAAAUGUCUCCACCAUCAACAUAUGUUGAUGCUUCCGUUACGCAGUUAUUCUACACUGCCAACGUCUACCACGAUCUUCUCCACAGCCUUGGUUUCAACGAGAGGGCUGGCAACUUCGAGGUCAACAACAACGGCGCAGGAGGGUCUGGCAACGACAUGGUCAUCCUCAACACCCAUGAUGGCUCUGACACUAACAACGCCAACUUUGCCACCCCACCAGAUGGCCAGCCCGGCCGCAUGCGCAUGUUCCUCUGGGACCUCUCGACGCCUAACCGCGACUCCAGCUUCGAAGCUGGCGUCGUCAUCCACGAGUACACCCACGGUCUUUCCAAUCGUCUGACCGGCGGCCCCGCUAACUCCAACUGCCUCAACGCACUCGAGUCUGGCGGCAUGGGCGAGGGCUGGGGCGACUUCAUGGCGACCGCGAUCCGCCUGAAGGCCGGCGACACCCGCGCUAAGGACUACACCAUGGGCUCGUGGAUCGCCAACGACCCUAAGGGUAUCCGCACAUACCCGUACUCCACCUCGCUGACCACCAACCCCCACAAGUACACUGAUGUGAACAACCUCAGGGGUGUGCACCCCAUCGGAACCGUCUGGGCUACCAUGUUGUACGAGGUCAUGUGGAACUUGAUCGACAGGUACGGCAAGAACGAUGGCGCGAAGCCUACUUUCGGCGCGAACGGUGCGCCUACUGAUGGCAAGUACUUGGCGAUGAAGUUGGUUGUCGACGGCAUGGCGCUCCCCAACUUCGUCCAGGCUCGUGACGCUAUCCUCGAUGCUGAUGUUGCGCUUACCGGUGGUGCGAACAAGUGCGAUAUCUGGAAGGGUUUCGCGAAGCGUGGUCUCGGCUCUGGUGCGAGGUACAGCUCGACCGCCAGGACAGGAAGCACGGCGCUGCCUAGUGGAUGUUAA